CGCCCCAGCGACCGCCUUGUUGCAGUGGAUGCCGGGAGUUGUAGUUUUUCGCGGGUCGCGCUGCGCGAGUCCGCUCGGGGAUCGCAGGCUCUGCCUGCCCCCGCCAGCGCUGCCCGUGCCCCGGAAACCGACGGGUCCCCGACCUCUGUCUGCCCUUCCGGGUCCCCGGUCGCACCGUUUCGCAACACUGAGGCGGGCUCGCAGCAGGACUACAGCUCCCAGCAGCCCUCGCGCUCCUUGGCAACGGUGCGUGAGGGGUCCCUGCGGCUGGAGGGGCCGGCCGGGACACGGACGGCACGAUCGCCGGGAGCAGCCGGGAGCGGGAGCGGCGGUGCGAGGAUUCUCCAUGGUGAAGAUGGUCAGCCAUAGAGAACUUAUUGAACUAAUAGUGCAACUGCUUAACAAGUUUAACCCUGAAAAUCAGAGCAUGGAGGAUUUCGUGGAUGAAUCAGCUGUGAUGUUGCAGAGUCUUAAUGUGACAGAAGAAAAAUUUGUAGUGGAUACACUAGCAGGAUGCACAGAAUAUAAAUCCAUAUUGGAUGUGGUUGUCAAAGCCUUUUAUGUUCAGGAUGGGAAAUAUUGCCCAAUUUCUGAGCGUAAUCUCUAUAUAGUUAUCUGUUAUCUAGCUACUUUUCAACUAGAAGAGAUUGGUCUUCAGCACUUCAGCAGAAUUGUGAAGUCCUUGGACACUGCAAAAAUGCAACAGUUUCUUAGAUUCUUCUUCAAUGACUUGUAUCUGAACACAUGGAUAAAAGAUGAAUGGAGUCACUUCUACGAUUCAGUGUAUGUAAAGGAGAAUUGGAUUGAUCCACUGCUAAGGUGGCAACCAAAAGUGCAGAAACUGAUUGAAAAGCUCACAGAUAAAUUGAGCAAUCGUACCACCACUGUCAAGACUUUGAGAGUCACUCAGCCAAAGGAAUUUAAUUUGACUGUACCCAAGCCACGUGCCAUUGCUCCACCUUCACCAGCACCUCUGCCAGUACUGCCAAAAAGACAACCUGUUCCUCCAAGCAUCUAUAAGCCUCCAAAAGAAAGAAAGCAACUAGAGGAAAUCAAAACAAAAAAUAUCCAAAAAGCAAAAGAUCUGCUCCUGAAAGCAAAUACUAACCUGUUCAGAUGUGCAACCAUCAAGCCUGAAAAGAGAGAGAACAUACAGGACAUUAUGGAGAGUAAACCAGCAUUCAAGGCUCAAAAGAUCCAAAGCAAGAUUGACAAUAUACCCAUUAAAUUAAACACGGCAGCUAUUUUGAGGGAGGGUGCCCUCUACCAGCGGAAAUUGGAAGAGGAGCUCAAAAGAAUUGAAAAUUUGCAACAAGGGGCUGGAGACCUAUCUGAAUUCUUGGAAUGGCAGAAACAGAUGCGUGGAAAAGAUUUGGAAGAGCAGCUGGCUGAAAUAGAGUGUAGGAGGCUUCAAGGAAAACUGAGUUAUGAAGAGGCAGUUCUAGCCCAUCAGAAUGUAACCCAAGAAAAUAAGAAGAAAGCUGAUCUAUUGAGAGAAGAGAAAGCAGAGCUGAUGCACCUGUAUGCAGAGAAACGUCUACAGGAACAGAAAGAAAUGAAAGAGCUGGUGGAACAGGUCAUGGAAGGACACAAGAAUGUAAAGCAAGCAAAAGAAAAGAUCCAGGAAUACAAACAACAGAUAGUUCAGCAGGUUUGUGAAGAAAGUGAAGAACUUCUCCGGCAAGCUUUAGAAGAAAAGGAGGACCAGUACAGGAAAAGAUAUGAGCUAAUUCAACAAAUACGAGCUAUUGAGUCUAUACCUGGCAUCAGACACAAGUUUGUUGAUUUAACAGAGACUGGUGGCCAUGGUUUAUUUGGUGAAAUGUCAAUAGUGGAACUACGUGAACGCCUCGCCCUACUCAAGGAAGCACAGAAGGCAGCAGAGGAAGAGAAGAGAGACCAGAUAAUUAAUGAAAAACAAGCUAAGGAACAACUUAUUCUAGACAAACUGGACAAGAUUUCCCAAUUCAGAGCAGAACUUGGACGAGCAGCAGCUCUAAAGCAAGAAGAAAAGAAAAAGUCCCAGUUUGGUGAAAGGCCCGUGAAAGAUGAACGCAUUUUAAACCUGCAGAAGAAGAUUGAAGAAAAAACAAUGGAGCGUAAAAAACAAGCAGGACUCUUGAAGAUUAUCCCCCAGAAAACCAGAAUGGUGUCAAGCAAGGAUUCUUUUCAAUGGAACCAUUGGAAAGAGCUGGAGGAGAGUCAGGAAAGGCAGUUCAGGAUCCUUCAGCAUGGCUUCAUGGACAGAGAAGCAGUUCAGAAAAGGGAGCUCAUUGUGGCAGCAAGAAGUGGAGCCAAAGCCUGUGUAUUGCGCUCUGAUCUAAAAUAAAAUACAUUUGGAACACAUUCAGGCCUGCUGGAAAUAUCCCAGUGUACUUAUUUACUACAAGGUUGAGUUUUAGUCUUUAUUUCACCUUUAUAGUAUGAUUAGAAAAAUGUGGGUCUUAUAGGCACAAUAUAACAAAAAUGUGUGUGUGGGGGGGGUGGUUGUAAUAUAAUUUAAUUUUUAUGUUGUUUUAUAAUGAUAUAAUGAUUAAUUAUAUAAUGACUUUUUUCUGCUUGAAUCAAAAGCUUUAAGAAACUGAAAUUUUAUCAUCAGAGCUCCUACAGCAUAAUGGCAAAUACCUAUGUAAGAAUGUCGAGACCUGUAUUUCUGGUUCUGUAC